AUGGGAGGAUCAGAAUCAACACCCCAAACUGAAACAGCACGACCACCAGAAUUUGAUCAACCAUGGAGGGAAACACCCUGGGGCAAUAAAGAGCUUUUGGAGAAAAACCUGAGGGAGCUUAAGCUGAGCGAUUCAAAUGUUAAGUACAUCAGGAUCUUGCUGGCUGGAGAAGUGGGAGCAGGAAAAUCCAGCUUCAUCAACUCAGUCAGUAGUGCUUUUAAAAGAAGAAUCACAACAGACGCUCUUGCUGAUAAUGCUGGUGCAGCUGGUACAAGUUUUACAAAAACAUACAGAACUUAUUACAUAAGAAAUGGAGAAUCAGUUCUGCCUUUUGUCUUCAAUGACAUAAUGGGCUUAGAAUCCGACUACAGUCCCAAAGAAUCACGUGGUGCACAUCCGGAAGACAUUCCCAAAGCCAAAGAAUCACGUGGUGCACAUCCGGAAGACAUUGCCAAAGCCCUUGAGGGUCUCCUUCAUGAAGGACACAAUUUCAAUCCAAUUGCUUCUGCUAAUAAAAAUGACUGCAAAAGUGAAACAAGCCCUGAGGAUCUGACAUACUGUCUGGUCUACGUCAUAGCAGCGGACAAAAUAUCAAUGAUGACUUCUGAUGUCAUCAAAAAGAUGAGAUACAUUAGACAGAAGGCCAGCAGUCUGGAAAUUCCUCAGGUUAUCAUCAUGACGAUGGUGGAUGAGGUUUGCCCACUAGUCAGAAAAGACCUAAGAAAAAUCUACACAAGCAAGAAGAUAAAAGAGAAGAUGCAGGAGUGCUCUAAUUCAGUUGGUGUCCCUGUGAGCCACAUCUUCCCUGUGAAGAACUACCAUGAGGAGAUUGAUACACAAAAUGACGUUGAUGUACUGAUCCUGAGGGCUCUAACACAGAUUGUGCAAAUUGCAGAUGAUCUUGUGAACAGAAGAAAGAGGAAAUGUUAAUCUGAAUCUAACAUAAUGGAGAAAGCAUAGGCAAUUGUGGGAACUUGUAAUAAUUAAUUUGACUUCUUCUCAUGCUGUGUAACAUGUAACUGUAGCUUUAUACGCAAGGCUGAACUGCUUCCUAUGUUUCUGGUAAGAACUGAUAAACCAGUACAUGGAGCUCCAGGAACUGGAACGCAUGUCAACGCUAGAGCAGACAGGGAGGGU